AGCAUUAUACUAGCGCAUUGAAAAUGUGUUUAUGCAUUAUAGCAAAUUUAUAUAUCAUACAUUACAUUGAUAUUAAUAUUUUGCUUUAAUAAAUAAAUAUUUUGGUUUCCAUUUUUUAGUGUUGUCAGACUUGUCACAAGGAAUUACAGAGUGAGCUAAACAACUUACUCUGUCAGGUUAAGGGUAUACCGCCCUCAAGGCAUGUUUUACCAGUUGAGUUGGCAUUAACUUUUAACUACUACCUCCUUGUUUACAAAGAAUACCAGUGCAAUGGAAAUCUUUGUGGUAUAAACACAAUCAUUGACUCAAUCAACAGUACUUGGCUGAGAGUUUGCCGUGCUGCCAAUGUGGUAAUUGUUGAUUCAAACACCGAAGACUAUUUUGUCAAAGCUGUCUCAUGUAGCCUAUCUGGUGCUGAACUUAGACAACCUUUACUGCUACUUGGUUGUCUUCAGAGUGUGUGCCACCUGACUAGUGGGAACAUAGAGGGAGCUGUCUGCCUGCUGGAUGUUGUCAGCAGGAACAUGUCUAUUUUGAGCAAAACUGAAAAGGUUCAUUUUAGGUUUCUGCCAGGCGGUUCAGUUAAUGUUCAAGAAGAAAUACAAACAUCUAAAGACAGCAUCUGUAAUAGUUAUGGUAUAUAUGCUUUGAAACUCCUGCAUGCGGUUGUACACUCGGUCAAAGGAAAUCGCCUGAAGGGAAUGACUUCUCUCAUGAAGCCUAUUCAGCUGGAUAGAAGUUCCUUAGCUGUAUCAGCUUGGUAUUGGAGUAUGUUUUGUUUGUACUGGGAAGGAAAGUAUUCAGAUGUCAUUAAUGGUGUGAAUUCCGUCGUCAAUGGCAAUAUUUUAUCUGUCAGAGAUCUGUCCAUAGCAACAAAUUUACUAGCAUGCUCACUUAUGAAACAAAAUAGAAUAACGGCAGCAAUUGCUUUGCUACGACAGUGUCUUCAAGAGAAUUUCUCCUACCUGUUACCUUUGUAUAAUCUGUCAGUCAUGUAUGGGAAACAGGAAAGAGUGACAGCUAAGCUUGAGUCAUUACACCUACUUACAAUGGCUCUACAUCAAGAAAAUGAAAGUGUGAUGAAAAAAGAACCUGCCAUUUUACUAGAUGCAGCCCAUGGCAAAAGUAAACCAAAGAUAAUUGUACAAAACAUUAUUGAGUGGCAACCGAGUUCCUUAUUGGUUUUCUACAUGUUAGCAAGAAGCUGUUUAGAUGCUGGAAGGUUUUCUGAUGCUGCUGACCACUACAUUGAUUUGCUGUCAGCUCUCACUGACUUAUCUUGUGUUCCUAGUACUGCACAUAAGGCUUGUGAAUCGGGUCAGCAGGAGCUACCAUCUUUGGUGACGAUCUACUAUGAGUCUGCCCUCUCACAAACUAAAUCAGGACGAUUACUAGAUGCCUUACUGAUUAUCAAAAAAAUCCAGGAAAAGCUGCCACAUCCACCUACUUACUGUGCUAAUCCUGGAAAAGUUGAGCAUCCCUCAACUUCAUCAGUUCAAGAGGAUGCCGUGGAAGACCAAAGUGAUGAUGGCACAUUCCCUGGAAGGAAGCGUCAAAGAGAGAUGUCAGAAAGUCAUUUUCAACUGGAAGCAUCUGAUGAUCGCGUGAAUGAGAACUUUUAUAGCUAUGUGAAGAUAAGACUUUUGGAGGUGUUUUGUCUGGUGAGGUGUCAUCGGGUUGAGGAAGCUCUUAAUUGCAUUGACUCUGUACUGAAACUUCUCAACAAAUGUCAAGGAGUCCACAAGAAAGAAAUGCAACACUCAUCAAAGAAGAUCAAGUUAGACCAAGGAGAUAUGCCAGCUAGUAUAGCAAAUGUUGAGAACCAAUCAGAACAUCCAGUAUUGAGGCUUAAGGCUGAGGCUUAUAACAAUAAAGCAGUCAUUCUGAUUGGACAGAACAAACUGCAAGAUGCCAAUGAGCUACUGUUAAACAGUAUUCACUGUUGUCCAGGGUUUGUUGAUACUGUUUACAACCACACAUUAUUGCUGUUUAAGUUGGGCAACCAAUCAACAGCCAGCACUGACUGGCUGCGGUUCAGAUAUGCAGAUGUUGCGUUAAAUUCUUCAAUGGUUUCUCACCUGCUGGCAAAAACUGCAAGCUCACUAAAAGACAUCAAACUUGUACCUUCAUCUUCUUCUGUAGAAGGUAUCCCACAAUACAGUCUCCUUAUGAUGGAUAAGAUAGCCUUGGAAAUCAGAAUGAAUGUUAAUAAAAUGUAACAUGGAAGAAAAGAAGACUAUGUUCAUAACAAAAUGAAUAUAUUUUACUGAUUAAUUAAAUAAAUUAGUUUUAUUGUGUAUGAUACAAGUGAAAUAAAAGCA